AUGGCUCUCUCAACAAAAACAACUUCAGUUGCCACGGCGGCGCUCUUCCUCCUCCUCCUCCAUUCCCUCGCCCUCUGCGGGGCCGGGCCCCACGGCCGGUUCGGGCAUUCCGGCAGCAUUACCCAGCAACCAAAUUACCACCACCGGCCCCCCUGGCGCCCCGACGUCUUCCUCAACUUCCGGGGGCCCGACGUCCGCCACACCUUCUCCGACCACCUCUACCACGCCCUCGUCCGGCGAGGGAUCAAGGCAUUCCGCGACGACCGCGACCUCCCGCGCGGUGUCAACGUCACGGAGGCGAUCCCACGGGCCAUCGAGGAGUCCCGGCUCUCCGUCGUCGUCCUCUCCAGGGGCUACGCCUCGUCGGAGUACUGCCUGGACGAGCUGGUCAAGAUCAUGCUGAACAUGAAGGAGAGAGGGCAUCGCCCUUUCCCAGUCUUCUACAACCUGUCCCCCGACGACGUCGCCGAUCACCGGUCGUCGGCGUCGUGUUACAAGGCCGACUUCGAUCGGCACAAGAGGAGGUAUAGCUACGAGAGGGUGGAGGGAUGGAGCCACGCUCUCACUUCCAUUGCUCAGAUUUCCGGCUGGGUUCUCUCCACUGACAGGUAA